AAGGAGCCAGGGCACGUUCCAAGAGAACGCUGGGGUUCGCGAGUGUCUGAGCUGCCUUUCUCCUCCCGUUGCUAGGGAAAUGGUCCAGGACUGCUGGGUGUGAGCCUCACCUCUCCUCCAGCCGAGACUGCGGUUGUCAUUGACAAUUGAAGAAACAGGACCUGAAAUAAGAGACAUUAGCAAUGAUGUGUGAAGUGAUGCCCACGAUUAACGAGGACACCCCAAUGAGCCAACGGGGGUCCCAAAGCAGUGGCUCCGACUCGGACUCGCAUUUUGAGCAACUGAUGGUCAAUAUGCUGGAUGAAAGGGACCGUUUACUGGACACUCUUCGAGAGACACAGGAAAGCCUCUCACUUGCCCAGCAAAGACUCCAGGAUGUCAUCUAUGACAGAGAUUCACUCCAGAGACAGCUCAAUUCAGCCCUACCUCAGGACAUCGAAUCCCUAACAGGAGGGCUUACUGGUUCUAAGGGGGCUGAUCCACCGGUAAGUUAG